UAGCCACUGUACUGUCUUGGUUUGUUUUGGUUGCAGUACGACUGUUUUUAUUGUGGAACCUUUACACACCGUUGGUGUAGGAGUGUUGGAACUCAGUAGUCUGAUAACAGUUUACUGGAAGUUAGUGACAUGGCUUUCCCAGGAAUAAACAAGGACAACAUUAGGGCAGGAUGCAAGAAAUGUGGCUACCCUGGCCAUUUGACAUUUGAAUGUCGAAAUUUUCUUCGCGUUGAUCCUAUGAGAGACAUUGUUUUGGAUGUAAGCAGCACAAGUAGCGGAGACAGUGAGGAGGAGGAUGAACUUGGAAAGCUGAAUCCUGUAGUGCAAAAUACAAAUGAAGAAAGUGAAAAGAAAAAACACAAAAAGAAAAGCAAAGAAAAGAUAAAAAAGAUGGAAAGAAAAAGGUAUGCAUUUAUUGUAAACUUGAAUAACAUACAGAAUAAAACGCAAUACGUUACAGGCAGUUUUGGGCAAAGCUUACUUCUAAUGAUAAUCCAUUAA